AUGCUUACAAACCCGCCGUUCCCCUCAGUGCUGCGCGUCCGUCUGCUGUGUCCUUCCUGCCCAGCUCCAGUUAGAGUCGAUCUGAGGCUCGGACUCGGUCAGGAGUGAGGUGAGAGCUUGCCCAGAGUGCAGCACCAGGGGUCCUCGUCUAGAAUCAGUGACGCUGACAGCAUGGUGAGACUUGGUGGCCUGAGGAAGACUGGGAAGAGAUCGUCCCUCUGAAAUGGAGGAAAGGGGUUGACUGCUUAGAGCCCUGUUGGGGCCUCUGCCUGUUAAUUACAUCUCCUCUUUCCAAGGCUGGGCACAGACUGGGGGUUUAGGGGUGGGGUGUUCUCCUGACCCCUCAGCUGCAUGCCCAGCACAGGCAGUCCAGUGCAGUAGCCCAGACAUGCAGAUGCAUGUGCACACAAGCAUGCACACACAGUAACCGGCAAGCCAGGAGGCCCCAGCAGAGGCCCGUGUGUGAUGCUGUGAACUCCCAGAGGAGAGGAGCUUGUGGGGGCCUGGAAGGGUGGGUCAGGCUCGGACUGUGGAGUAGGGCAGGCUAAAGGGCUUGGAGGCCCUGGACGUGAGGCCUGGUCUGAGCACAAGCAUGGAGGUCAGCCUGGGGACUCAUGCAGGCUGGUACAGGAGAGAAGUUCCUGAGGCAGAUAACGCCAUCAGCACUACUUAAUGUGACACUCAGAAAGCCUGGCCUCCAGCCAUGGAGUCGCCUGUGCAGAUGUGAAGGUAAACACCACCACAGGGCUGUUCUCUCGUCCUCGUCUUGACUUCCCACUCUGGCAUUGUCUUGUGGCCUCUGUCUUGGCUGUCUGUAGCACCAACUUGGAGAUACAUGAGUGUUUAGACAGGUUCUCCGGUUACCCAACUGAAAUCCAUUCUUGGAAAGUUCAUGUAAAUCAUUUUACAGUCCUGAACCUUCAGGAUGUCACGUUGUUUCUGUGUAUAGAAGUCACGCAUGCGUUACAGGAACACACAGUGUAGGAAGCCAGGGUCCUUCCCGAGUCACCCCUCCACACCCCUGCUUUCAUGCCCCUUUCCCAUCAUGUUGGUUUUGGACAUGGCCACGUCUUUUUGCAAGGCUGCAUUAGGUUUUCCAGUGCUGUUACACUGUCGUCUGCUGACCGGAUAUUGUGGAACUGUCCAGAUGGCUUGCAGUCGACAUCCUUUAUUUAAUGAUCUCUGCGCCCGUGGAUAGGUGUUCUGUGGAAUGAGGGAGCUCUGCUCCCUGCUUAUUGAUUUUAUUCCUUCCCACUCACUGCCCACUGCUAGACCAUGCUUGCUGCAUCGGAAACCAGCAUAGAGAAGAAGUGUUUGGGCUGUGAAUGUAGGCUAAAGAGUUUCAAAAAACAAUGUUUUUAUGCCAUCAAGCUUCUGCGAGCCAUCUGCAGGCAAUUCCGACUCAGACCCAGAGGAAAGGAGCAGUGGCUUCCGGUUGAAGCCGCCGACGCUGAUCCACGGCCAAGCCCCCAGCGCAGGUCUGCCAAGCCAGAAGCCCAAGGAGCAGCAGCGGAGCGUGCUUCGCCCGGCAGUGUUACAGGCUCCGCAGCCAAAGGCACUGUCCCAGACUGUCCCCAGCAGUGGCACCAACGGGGUCAGCCUCCUAGCAGACUGCACGGGGGCAGUGCCAGCAGCAUCCCCUGACACUGUUGCACGGAGAAGUCCUUCUGAAGCUGCCGAUGAGGUGUGUGCACUUGAGGAGAAAGAGCCCCAGAAAAAUGAGUCCAGCAACGCCUCUGAAGAGGAAGCCUGCGAGAAAAAAGGCCCCGCCACACAGCAAGCCUUUGUAUUCGGGCAGAACUUGAGGGACAGAGUUAAGCUGAUCAAUGAGAGCGUGGACGAAGCUGACAUGGAGAAUGCUGGACACCCCAGCGCAGACACGCCAACCGCAACGAACUAUUUCCUCCAGUAUAUCAGUUCCAGUUUAGAGAACUCAACCAAUAGUGCCGACGCCUCCAGCAACAAAUUUGUAUUUGGCCAGAACAUGAGCGAGCGAGUUUUGAGCCCCCCAAAAUUAAACGAGGUCAGUUCAGAUGCCAACAGGGAAAAUGCAGCUGUCGAGUCAGGGUCUGAGUCCUCGUCCCAGGAGGCCACCCCUGAGAAAGAGUCCCUGGCCGAGUCGGCAGCCGCCUACACCAAGGCAACAGCGCGGAAGUGUUUGUUGGAAAAAGUGGAAGUCAUCACCGGGGAGGAGGCGGAGAGCAAUGUGUUACAGAUGCAGUGCAAGCUGUUUGUCUUCGACAAGACCUCACAGUCCUGGGUGGAGAGAGGCCGGGGGCUGCUCAGACUCAAUGACAUGGCAUCCACGGACGACGGCACGCUACAGUCCCGACUAGUGAUGCGGACCCAAGGGAGCCUGCGACUGAUCCUCAACACCAAGCUCUGGGCCCAGAUGCAGAUCGACAAGGCCAGCGAGAAGAGCAUCCGCAUCACAGCCAUGGACACCGAGGACCAGGGCGUGAAGGUUUUCCUGAUCUCGGCCAGCUCCAAGGACACGGGUCAGCUGUACGCAGCCCUGCACCACCGCAUCCUGGCCCUGCGCAGCCGUGUGGAGCAGGAGCAGGAGGCCAAGAUGCCCGUGCCUGAACCUGGGGCAGCCCCGUCCAAUGAGGAGGAUGACAGCGACGAUGACGAUGUCCUGGCUCCUUCAGGGGCCACCGCAGCUGGUGCUGGUGACGAAGGGGACGGGCAGACGACCGGGAGCACAUAGCGGCCGGGAGCCCGGCUGCACACCAGGCUGCUGCUUUGUCCGUCUGUCCGCCCGCCCACCCGCCCCCACCCCGCAGGCAGCGUCCAGGUGCGGGGCCAGGAACCACACACCCCGCUGGGCCGGCCACAGUCUGGACCCGCACGUCCUGUUCAAAAGCAGACUCGGGAACUGCCUGAAUGUGGUUUGGGACAUGAGACCUCAUCAUAUUGAUGAGCGAAACAAACAAGAACAUUUCCUCCCUCCCCUCCUUCGAAUUGAAAUGGCACAUUAAGACUUGUCACGGCUUCUCACUGGGACUGGAGACCUCGUUCCUUCACCCUGCGUGUCGCCAGCCUCUGGGUCCAGCCAGAGCCCCUGGCUUCUCCGCUGCCCACGCCCUUCCCUCCCUGCUGCGGGGCCCCGCCCUUGUGGGGAGCAGCUGGCCCUCUGCCCCUGCCUGGGGCUCCCCGACUACAGUCCUGGGACCCCCGCCCAGCCUGGGGACUGCUCUGAGUGUAGACACUGGGCCCAUUGGACAUGCUGUUAACUACUAUCUUCAUUUCCCACUUCCCCUCUCUGAUUGGGGGUGUAUAUUUUACAUCUGUUUUUCUUUUUAUUUUCAAAGGCUUUGUUUUGGUUUCUUAGGUUAAGAUGCUCUCAAGCGUUGAGCAGGCACAGCUCCGUUGAGGUCCCUGUCCCCCACCUGUGGUUCUGGCCUCUGAGGUUGGGGGGUCACUUGUUUCCCACCCCAGGUACCUCCAGGCUGAGUCACAGGGUGAUGAGGAGUUGGGGCCCUGUCUGUCCUAGGCCUGGAGAGUGCCUAUCUAGGAAAAGGUCACUGGACCUGGAAGGGUCCCCAGGGUCCCCUGACUCCUGUCUCCAUCUGUCACGUGGUUCACCAUCAUCAGGCACCAGGCGCAAACUGCUUCCGCUGUUGGCCAUCCCUUCCCCAGCCGCAGGUGUCACUGCCCCCAGGACUGUCCAGGGCCGGGGCCUCUGAGAGGCAGAGGGGUAUCCUCACCAGGUCCUGGUGGAAGAGCCAGGGGGCUGGUCCCAGAAUAGGCGGUCUCACAAGCACGCAGCACACUGGAGUGGACGCCUGUGCCCACCUGACCCUGGGGUGUGGCCAAGAGCCAGCUGGCACCACCCACCCAGGGAGGCUGAGGAGGAGGUCCCCUGGGCACAGGGCCUCUUUGGGACUUCAGAGGAAAUCUCCCAGCCCCACCCUCGGAGGGUUAAGAGAAGACCUCCUGCAGCUGUGCCGCCCACACCUCUAGGUCGCCAGAGCCCUGGCCCACAACCCCCAGCAAGCCUGAGCCAGGGAAGAACCAGAGGCCCUCCCGAGAGACCCAGUCACACGUCUCUGCUUUAAGCCUUAGCCAGCUAGUGACGAGUACAACGAGAUAACGCCCAUGUGUUUUGGAACAUUUAUGUAAGAUUGUCAUAUGAAAUGUAUUUGGGAACUACAUUAAACUUUUAACUAAAA